AUGGAGGAGAGAGUCCUUCAUCACACGUCCAUCCUCCAUCGCAUCGGAUCAGCGAUGGAUCAAAUGAUGGAGAGGAUGGAUCGUUGGGAGAGGAGUGGUCUCCCUACUACCCCCCACCAGCAACUCUACCAUCUCCCCAGCGGGAUCUUCUUACAGCGCUCUGCGCAUUACGCCUCCGAGGGAUGGGCCAAUGCUUUCUGGAACGGGCCCGACUCAGCGAGGGGCAACUACCCGGAGUUCACCCGCCGUUUCCGGGCCGUGUUCGAUCACCCUACGGAAGGCCGAGCGGGGGGUGAGAGGUUGUUCCAUCUCAGGCAGGGGACGAGGAGCGCGCAGGACUUCGCGCUGGAUUUCCGGACCUUGGCCGCUGGAGCAGGGUGGAACGACAGGGCCCGGAUAGACCAUUACAGGUGUAGCCUGAGAGAGGACGUCCGCAGGGAGCUGGCUUGUCGGGACACUACGCUUGGCCUGGAUGAACUGAUAGACCUGUCGAUCCGGUUAGACCAUCUGCUAGCUGCUCGCGGACGUUCUGAAAGGGUCCUGUUAGUUCCACCUCCUCCUGUACCAGUUGUGGCCGGAGAGGGCACACUUCAGGUCGGUGCUGGAGGAGUUCAUCUGGGAAUCGAGAGGGCAGGCAGAACACUCCUCGGUCACCCCAGGCCAGUGGUAGCUGGUCCCAUGCAGGAAGGUGAGGUUCUGGAGGUCCCUCCGUCCCCUCUGGACAUCGAGGGGUGCCCGGCGUACACGAUACAAGCUAUUCUGGACUCGAGACGCCGGGUGAGGGGCUUGCAGUACCUCGUUGACUGGGAGGGGUACGGUCCGGAGGAGAGGUGCUGGGUCCCGGUGGGGGAUAUUCUGGAUCCAUCUAUGUUGAGAGUUCCAUCGCCUCCAUCCGGAUCGCCCGGCGCCUCGCCCUCGUCGGGGGUGUACUGUCACGAAUAUUACCGAUGUCUAAUUGGUUUCACAUGUUUCUUGUUUGGUUAUUAGGGUGGGGUUAUAAAUUCGUUCAGCCCGCUUCUGUUUUUGCGGGCUUGUUCGUAUGUAUGUGUUCGAGUGGUUUUGUUUGCUUUUCGGGUUUCUCGCUGUCCUUUUAUUUUUUCACAUUUGUUCCUGUGAUUUAUUUCUGGACAUUAAAGCGUGUUUCCCGCA